GGUCUCAACUGAAAAAGAAAAUCUUGUAAGAUGCCUUUCUUUAGUCUAAUGGAAUAAAUAGAUUACUGGAGGCAGAAGCAAGGGUUUCCUGUCAACAUUUUCUUUGAUUUUUUGCAGGCUUCCAAGCACUUUCCAGUACCAAAGUCAUCCAGUCAACCACUGCAUAAUGACUUAAAGAUCCAACAACCCUUCUAUGGAUCUACUCUGUUCUGCUCCAAAGCCCCAUCACACCGAAGGGUAAUAAGCAAUUAACGAAACACCAAAUUCUCCACUGGCCAUCGCCUUUAAUUCCUUGAAUCCUUGUUCCUGCCAAUGCAAGGAGCAACAAGAGACUAGCAACCCAAAGCUUCUGAAAACUCGCAGACUGCAAAAAAACAAAAAAAGGAAAGCCUAGCUUGGAAAAUCAUGGCAGGGAGAAUGAGACUUGCAGAGAGGGUGGAAGUGAGAGAGGAGGUGGUGAAGAAAGCCUGCAGUCUAGCCAUGAAGGCCCAUAACCUUAAGUCUCCCGGGAAGCAAUAUCUCGUUGACAAGUCCAGGAGCUCGGUGGAGGUGGUGAUUAGCUUUCCAGGAGUUUGGUCUGUGAGUGAUUGGUUUUGCAGGAAGCCUUUUGGGGAGGCUAAGAUCAAUCUGGAGAAGUUCCCUUCUCUCAGAAAUCUUGGCACCGACGAAGUCGCCGCUGUAAAUGAAGCGUUUCAGCUGAGAUUUGAAAGGAUCUUGGAAAGCCUGCAAACAGAGGUGGUCAAAGCUGUGAAAGAAGGGAAGAAAGUAGUGUUCACAGGGCAUUCUUCCGGGGGUCCAAUAGCCAUCCUUGCAACACUCUGGUUCUUGGAAAAUCGCGCCAGUCAGGUUCCACCUCUGUGUGUGACUUUUGGAUCACCCCUUCUUGGUGACCGGAUUUUACCCCAUGCUCUUGGAAGGGAGAACUGGUGCGACUGUUUCAUUCACUUUGUCGCCAGAUACGACAUUGUCCCUCGCAUUUUGCUUGCUCCUCUCUCUUCCAUCGAACAACAAUUGCAACCAGUGCUGCACUCCUUCAAUCCGAACUCGCCGUUAUUCAAGCACGAGGUCCAGGAAGCUUCAGUCUUCUACGCAAUGGUGAUGAGGAGUGCAGCCAGUGUCUCGAGCCAUGCUGCCUGUAAUCUCAUGGGGUGCACAAACAUGUUAUUGGAAACUGUGACCAGCUUCAUUGAGUUUAGUCCUUACAGACCUUUUGGAACCUAUGUCUUCUGCACUGGGAACGGGAACCUGGUCACUGUGAAAAACCCAGAUGCCAUUCUGCAACUGUUGUUCUACUGUUCUCAGUUGACCUCUGAUGCAGAAGUUGCAGAGGUUGCUCGUAGAAGCUUACAGGAACACCUGAAAUAUGAAGAGGAACUGAAAAGCUUAGAAAGGCAAAAGGUAGUCCCAUUGGAUCAUUUGGAGAAGCUUCCAUUGUCUACGAGUCGUGAUGCAGACAUUGCAACAAUAAACACAGCUUUGAAUGACCUCGGGCUGAGCAUGAGAGCCAGAUUAUGCCUUCAGGCUGCUGGAGAACUAGAACAACUGAAAAGGAGAAAUCAAGCCAAGAUUGAUGGUAAUAUAAGUAAGGUUAAAGAUGGACUAAAUAUAGUCGAAGGAUACCGGGCCAAGUGUGAGGUUCGCAGGGUAGGCUACUAUGACACCUUCAAGCUUCAAAAAGACCAUGAGGACUUCAGCAUUAAUGUGAAAAGGCUUGAGCUGGCAGGCGCAUUUGAUGAGAUCAUCGAAAUGUUGAAGAGGUACCAACUGCCAUAUGAAUUUGAGAGCAGGAAGGAGUGGAUAGAACUAGGAACCAGGUACCGGAGUGUCAUUGAACCCCUUGAUAUUGCCAACUAUUAUCGACAUGCAAAGAAUGAAGACACAGGGCCAUAUUUGGUGAAGGGCAGGCCAAGGCGUUACAGAUGUACCCAAAAAUGGCUCGAACAAGCUGAAAAAUUCCCACCUGGAACCAGCAAAGAAUCCUGUUUCUGGGCUGAAGUAGAAGAGCUCUGCCUGAAAACUAGCGAAGGAUCGUUUGGAGAUGGUCAGGAAAGGGUCUUAAUACUCGAAAGAGAUGUUGAGGAGAGGGUUUUGACACUUGAGAGAGAUGUAUUGAACUGGGUUAGAGGUGGGAAGCUAGGAAAGGAUGUGUUCUUGGAAGAGUCCACCUUCGUUAAGUGGUGGAAAAGGCUCCCUUCCGAACAUAGGUCAGUAUUUGCAGAAGCUGCAACAAUAUCAACUGCAAGACUGACGUAGUUGUUUCUCUUCAUGAUCAGCACGUAUUCGUGUAAUUUUAAUAAGACAGUAUCUGCAUGCAUCUUGUCUCCCAAUCUUGGUCUGUCAACAGAACUAAACAAAUUGGAGAUAGACAAAUGAGUGGCUUGUUUCGGAA